AUGAUAGGACAUAGAAAAAGAACCAGUGGAGGUGGUGGUGUUUCUGCCUCUUCUACUUCUGGUGGUGCUGCUGCCGCUGCUGCUUCUAAUGCUUCCUCUGUUGGUCCUUCCGCCGCUGUUGGUGAUGACCACGUUGCUCUAGCGAAAAAAUACUUUGCUUCAUUGAAUACCGCGACAAUUCGUGAUGAAGAAGACCGUCUUUAUUCGGAAAUAUUGGAUAUUAAAUGGAGUCCCGUUGGUAAUAGAGUGGCGUACUCCCGACACACCAAAUCGUUAUUGGUAUGUGACUUUCUGGGAGCCAGUAUGAACCUGUUUUCCAAACACCAUAUAAUCAAGAAUUGUCAUCGAGACGCCAUUGGAUCAUUGAGCUGGGACCCGAAUAAUGACGUUACCAUCGCCACGGUGGGCGGGGAUAAUUUGAAAAUAUGGAAUAUCGAAACCCAGAAACUAACGAUGGAAUUUCCGAUCAAAGGAAAUACCAAAUUGGUCAGCUAUAGCCCCCGGGGCAAAUACUUGAGUUGUAUCAGCAAAUUGAUCGAUAAAGAAUCGGGGAGUGUGACUACCCAUCAUUUGACGGUGAUAGAUAUGGAAUCCAAGGACUUGAAAGUGGUGGCCGAGGCCAGUUUUGACUAUUUUAUAUUCAGCUUUGUUUGGGCCAACGACGAUGGGUCGAUCGUCUUGGGAUUUAGCAAUGGGGAGGUAGGGAUCUUCAAAGUGAAUGAAGAGCUCGCAAAUGGCUUGGAAAACGUUUAUACUUUCAAAGCUAGUGUGUCGUGUAUCAAUGCCAUGGCCUUUGAUCCAAGCGGCCAAUAUUUGAUCAUCGGAAGCCAUGAGGGGAUAGUAUCUGUUUGGUCCACUGCUUCUUUGAGUUGUGUGAAGACCGUUGCGUUGGUUGAUGAAUCUGUGAUGGCCAUUGACAUUUCGGGAGAUGGUCGUUAUGUGGCGGCUUGUUUCCAAGGGGGAGCGCCUACAAGAAUCUAUGAGUUGAAAACUUUCACCGAAUGUUUUGAAGUCACGAAUAAUAAAAGUUCUGGCUACCAAAUCGCCAACAUCGCGUUCAGAGGAAGACAGGCGACUUUCGCAUAUACCAGUAACAAUGGCGAAUUAAAGCUUUGUUUCAAGUGA